AUGAUACCAGCAUCUGACAUUGGUCGUCGUGCAUCACAAGAGAAACUAGGCACAUUAUCGUGUAUUUCCCUCAUAGUCAACAAAAUUAUAGGAACAGGAAUAUUCCUGAACCCAUCUCCGAUUUUUCAAUACACUCAUGGGAAUGUUGGAAUCUUUCUUUUAUUGUUCUUCCUAGGUGGUGUCAUUAUAUUCUGUGGGCUAUUAAUAUAUUUAGAAUUUGCAUUGAAUUUACCAUUUAAGAAUGGUGGUGAGUUGAAUUAUUUGAUGAGGUCAUUUAAGAGACUACCUAAGGGAUUGACUGGAUGCAUAUACUCCUUUAGUAUUGUUAUCUUGGGAUUCAGUUCAGGAAACAGUUACGCCUUUGGUAAAUACGUUUUGUUUGCUAUCACAGGCAAACAGGAAAUGAAUGAUACAAUAGUCAAGGCAAUAGGGGUUGGUUGCAUCUCAUUUUGUAUUUGGUUACAUAUAAAGUUCCCAAAUCAAGGAACAACAUUAUUCAAUUUCUUGGGAAUAUUCAAGAUUUUGAUCUUAGUGUUGAUUAUAAUCAUUGGAGGGUUGGCCAGUUUAGGAUUGCUUAAUAUAGAAACCACUGAUAAUUUCAAUGGUGAUAUAUGGAAAUUUCACAAUAAUGUAAAACCAAACAGUUAUUCCAUAGCAGUGGCUUUAUUGGAAGUGAUUUAUUCGUUCAAGGGCUGGGAAAACGUCAAUUAUGUCUUGAAUGAAGUGGAUAACCCUUAUCAUAUAUUAACCGUGGCAGCCCCAUUGGCCGUUGCAUUGACUACAGGGUUAUACUUCCUUGUUAUAAUAUCGUACUUGAUAAUUAUCCCUAAGGAAGAAAUUCUCUCCAGCGGAGUUUUAAUUGCUGGUAUCUUCUUUAAUAAAGUUUUUGGAGAAAGUAUCACCGCCAGAUUGUUACCAGUGUUCAUUUCAUUAUCGAAUUUAGGGAAUGUGUUAGUGGUGAGUUAUGCCCAUAGUGUGGUUAAUCAGGAAUUAGCCUAUAACAACUACAUGCCAUUUUCCAAGUAUUUCCAAAACUUGUCUCAUUCACUUUUGUUACAUGGCGCAAUCACCAUUAUUAUAUUGGUUGCCCCACCAAGCACCGAGAUUUAUGAGUUUAUUGUUAACUUGUAUAUAUACCCAGGAACAUGGAUAAACGUUGCUAUCUCUGAAAAAGACAAAAAGAUAUCAGCUCCGAUGGUUUGUGUGGUGAUUUUCCUAGUAUCCAACAUAUUCCUUGCAUUAUUCCCAUUUGUACCGCCUCCUAAUAAAGACAGUUUGGCAAUACCAUAUUGGAUGUUUCCUGUUCUCGGUACCAGCGUGCUUGUACUAGGCGGAGUAUUCUAUUAUGUUCGACCAUUAUGGAGCAAGCACGAGGACAAAGAAAUCACCUACGGAGAUGACUACAAUCCGUUGAAUUAG